AUGCCACAACAACAACGCCUUUUCAUUACAACCCUUCUGCUUAGCGUAAUUGGAGGUGAAGUCUGUUUUGCCAGGAUUGGAUGUUUCUCAGACAGUAGCCCAUGGGCUGGAACCAUUGAAAGACCAAUCUCACAGUUACCAUGGUCACCAGAAACUAUCAACACACGUUUUCUGUUGUACACCAGAGAAAAUCCUAACAACUUUCAAGAUAUCAAUGCUGUAAAUCCUUCUACAAUAUCUGCUUCAAAUUUUAAAACCAGCAGAAAAACACGCUUCAUUAUUCAUGGAUUUAUUGACAAAGGCGAGGAGAGCUGGUUGACAAAUAUGUGCAAGGCUAUGUUACAAGUAGAAGAUGUAAACUGUUUCUGCAUUGACUGGAGUGGAGGAUCUCGGGCCUUAUACACACAGGCAGCGAACAAUAUUCGUGUUGUUGGAGCAGAAGUGGCCUAUUUUAUUAAUACCCUUCAUAACAAUUUUGGCUAUUCUCCAUCAAAUGUACAUGUGAUUGGCCACAGUCUGGGAGCUCAUGCUGCUGGAGAGGUUGGAAAGAGGAAGCGUGGAAUAGCAAGAAUAACUGGUUUGGAUCCAGCUGAACCCUACUUCCAGGGCACUCCAACGGAUGUCAGACUUGAUCCAUCUGAUGCUGCUUUUGUGGAUGCGAUACACACAGAUGCAGCGCCACUGAUUCCAAAUAUAGGUUUAGGAAUGAGUCAAACAGUUGGUCACCUUGAUUUCUUUCCAAAUGGAGGAGAAGAAAUGCCAGGAUGCAGGAAAAACAUAAUCUCUCAGAUUGUAGACAUUGAUGGAAUUUGGCAAGGAACCAGAGACUUUGUUGCAUGCAAUCACCUUCGAAGCUACAAGUACUAUACAGAUAGUAUCCUAAAUCGUGAUGGAUUUGUUGGUUUUCCUACAUCUUCAUACAGUAAUUUUAAGUCGGGCUCAGGAUUUCCGUGCCCCAGUGGUGGGUGUCCUAUCAUGGGCCACUAUGCUGAUACUGGUAUCACAUCAAGCAGUCAGAAAUUAUAUUUAAACACAGGAGAUGCAACAAACUUUUCACGUUGGAGAUACAAGGUAUCUGUUGAGAUUUCUGGUCUAUUAAACAUCCAGGCAUAUUUCACUGUUGCUCUAUAUGGGACAAAAGGAAACACUCGGCAAUAUGAAAUUUACAAUGGAUACAUUAAAACAGGCAGCACAUAUACAGCAUUUAUUGAUGUGGAAACUGAUGUUGGGGACCUCACUAAAGUGAAAUUUCUUUGGAACAACAAUAUCAUAGACAUUCUGUUAACUCAACUGGGGGCGAAAACUAUAACCGUGCAAAAAGGGAAGGAUGGAAAAACGGGUAGAUUCUGCGGAAGUGAUACAACAAGAGAAGAUAUUCUUCAAACUCUUAACCCUUGUUAAAUAUUCAGCAGAAUAAACACAUAUUUUUGGAAUGAAAAAAAGAA